UUUGCUCUCUUUCCCCAUCUCCCCCCUUUCCUGUUCACUGUUCCAGACAGAAAAUAGUUCUCAGACGAUCAAGGUCGUCUGAUAAUUCCCUUUCCUCCACUGGAGGCGCGGGUCGAGAAUACAAUCGUAUGUGCAGAGGGCUUGGGCUGACUGCUUCACCAUCCAUGGCGAUGCAGAUACAACCCCCUCCCCAAAGAAGUAAAGAAAGAAAAGUCAAAUCAAAGAGAGAGAAGGAAGGAGCAAGAAUCGACACUGAUGUCUCCAAGCUAGUCAAAUCAUGCAUCGAAGUGAAAAUCCCGACACUUUCAAUCGUCCCCCCCCCCCUUUUCAUCCAGGAAAGGAGGGAUGGAUCUUGCAGGGCUGAUCGCAAUUAUAUUAGGAACGAAGCGUUCGUCACAUGUCGUAAGUUUUUUUUUUUAAACCUUUUGCUUUUUUGCUUCCCUUUUUCUGUUCGACUUCCAGAAUUUUAGCCUAUCAGACUAGACCUGUCAGAAAUGGAUCAUCGUUUCAUGUUUAUUCGGGGGGACGGGGAAGCACGCGCCAGCCCGAGCUAUGAUGGAAACCCACCUC